AAAGCUUUUAAAGCAAAAAUAAUAUCGGGACCGUAUAAAAGGACCCCGGGGGAUACAAAUGUUUUAGCCUUUAAAAAACCGGUUAUUUGCUUUAAAUACGGGCAAUUAAGCCAUAUCGUUACAACAUGCAAAAUACGGACGGAUAACCCGGAAACCCCGUUGGCUUUAGCAAUUAUACAAAAAGCGAAAAGAAAAAAGCCCGAAGUACGGUAUUACGGGUAUGGAAAGUUGGGCUAUAUCCGGCCGGCGUGCUUUAAAAAAAGCAAAAUAUCGCUACCCAAUUCGAUAUCGCUAUUUGGCCGUUUAAACACCGGGGCUUAA